GGUUUUCAAAUUGUCGGAGAGUUAUGAUGGGAUGAUAGAUGGGAGGUCAGAGUAAUAUACGGGAAGCAUAAUCAUGUUCCGAUAUACAAGUCCGGGCAUGGGAUGAGUGCAUUGUCUCAGGAGGAGGCGAAGAUCAUUAGUGAUCUGUCACAAAGUCAUGUGCCGCCCAAGAAGAUUUUGGCUAACUUGAGACAAAAUGGUUUGGGUCUCGAUGCUUAUUCGAAACAAAUAUACAAUGAGAAGGCGAAAUUGAAAAGACUAUCUAGGGGUGACCGUACAGUGAUGAAACAUUUGAUUGGGUUGCUUGAGGAGCAUAACUAUUACAAGUGGUUCCGUACUGAUGAAACAACACAUGCAGUUACUGAUUUGAUGUGGGCUCACCCUCAAUCUGUCGAAUUGUUAAGUAAGUUUCCGUACGUAUUACUACUUGACAGUACUUACAAAACCAAUCAGUACAAAUUGCCUUUGUUGGAGAUUGUUGGUGUUACUCCUGUCGGGAAAAUUUUUACUGUUGCAGUCGCAUUUUUGCGCCAUGAAAAUGAAGACCAUUACACAUGGGUGUUGCAAAAGCUGAAGAGACUUUUCCCCCCUCAGACUCUACCUAGUGCCAUCGUGACGGAUCGAGAGUUAGGGCUCAUAAAGGCGCUAGAGAAUGUAUUUCCGACCGUACCUCAUCUCUUAUGUCUUUGGCACAUUAACAUGAAUGAUUGGAUGGAUGUUAGAAUGGAUGUUUAUAACUGUAUUAAAACACACGAAGAGUUCUUCAAGGAUUAUUUCGGUGGUGGUAAUUUAGUGUAUCGGGUGUUGGUGAGUGUCGCUUAUUGGGACAACGCCCCAUCACCCUAUGAGAAGUGGAUGACUAUCACGGACGUGGGCGUGGUUGUGGCAACAUAUUACAACGCGUUGGUCUUGUCGGCUAGCAGCUUGGGCAAUCAGACUUAUUUACCACUUUGGGCUCCCGAAGGUGUUUCACAGUUAUCUUACGAGAUGACUAUACUAUUUCUUGAAUCAGGAAGCCACUUUGUGUAUGUGAAGAUGAAUGACAAUUGUCCGCUUCCUCCGUUUGAUAGACAGUGGGCGAGGUAUAGCAAUAAUAGUGUUGCAUAUCUACCAGAGGCGUUGCGGAGUCGACGUGAAAUGUGGGAUAUUCUUAAUAGUGUUUGAUUUAGUUUUGUUUAUUUUGUUGGAAUGAAUGUAUUACUAUUGACAUUGUAUGUUAUUAUUAUUAU